AUGAAUUCCAUCCUGGAUCGCAUUGCCAAAGAUUAUGGUAGACGGAGCAGCUCAAGCGUAUACAGUACUGGGGACGUCUUUGAGCCUUUGUCAAGUAAUAAUGCUAAGCAACGGGCAAAAUUGGUAGAAUGGUUAAACAGCGUUCUUCCUCACUUGCGUUUGCCAAUAAAUUCUUCUGAUGAGGAUUUGCGAGCUUUCUUGGUUGAUGGUACUAUCUUAUGCCAUUUAUUGAAUAAGUUGAAACCAGGUUCUAUACCAGAGUGUGGUGGUUCAGAACACUCUCCGGAGUUAGGCUCAGAAAACAUUAAAAGGUUUUUUUCAGCUAUAGAUGAAAUGGGAUUGCCCAGGUUUCAGGCAUCAGACUUGGAACAGGGUUCUAUGAAAAUAGUAGUGGAGUGCCUUUUAACUCUUCAGGCAGAAUUAACGCUGAAUGAUGGAGGACACAAUUCUAGCACAGUAUUAUCCGGUAAAUCUGGAGCUGAUGCAAAUAGAAGAUGGAAACUGUUGGGAGAAAAUUUUGGAUGUGGCGAUGUUUCAUACAGAGAAGAAUUUUCAAGAACUCAGUCUUCUCCAUCCCCAGGAGAACGACAGAAGAACGGAUCAGAUUCAAAAUUCCAGCGUGCAUUGAGAAGCCCUGUAAUGGCAGAGCCAUCAGCUGCAUUAUUACAUCACGUCGGACAUAAGUUCCAUGAAGUAUUUCAGCUUAAACAAGGGAGCAACACUGAAAUUCCUGCUGCAAAGAUUUCAGAAAUGAUGAAAUCUAACAGUUUGGAUAUUGCCCCAACACAGUCACUUCUAAGUGUUGUCAAUGGGAUUCUUGAUGAAAGCAUUGAGCGGAAGAAUGGCGAGAUACCUCAACGUGUAGCAUGCCUAUUGAGAAAAGUGGUGCAAGAAAUUGAGCGUCGGAUAUCCACUCAAGCUGAACAUCUUAGAAUGCAAAACAAUCUAUUUAAGACUCGUGAAGAGAAAUACCAGUCGAGAAUCAGAGUCCUAGAAGCCCUUGCAGCUGGAACUAGUGAAGAGACACAGAUUGUCAUGAACCAGCUUCAGCAGAUUAAGAAUGAGAAAAACAAAAUGGAGGAGAAAAAGAAAAACGAGGAGCAGGAUGUGCCUAGAUUGAAAGAGAAGGAUGAUCAAAUUGCGACUUUGAAGCAAGAGCUGGAAAUAGCUAAGAAAUCGUAUGAAUCGAAAGAGAAGGAUGAUCAAAUUGCGACUUUGAAGCAAGAGCUGGAAAUAGCUAAGAAAUCGUAUGAAUCGAAAGAGAAGGAUGAUCACGGUCAAGAAGUCGCAGCUUUGAAGCAAGAGCUAGAAAUAGUUAAGAAAUCAUAUGAAUUGAAAGAGAAGGAAAAUCAUAAUCAAGAAAUUGCAGCUUUGAAGCAAGAACUAGAAAUAGUUAAGAAAUCGUAUGAAUUGAAAGAGAAGGAAAAUCAUAAGAAAGAAAUCACAGCUUUGAAGCAAGAAAUGGAAAUAUUUAAGAAAUCAUAUGAAUUGAAAGAGAAGGAAGAUCAUAGACAAGAAAUUGCAGCUUUGAAGCAAGAAAUGGAAAUAGCUAAGAAAUCGUAUGAGUUGAAAGAGAAGGAAGAUCAUAAGCAAGAAAUCGCAGCUUUGAAGCAAGAAAUGGAAAUAGCUAAGAAAUCGUACGAGUUGAAAGAGAAGGAAGAUCAUAAGCAAGAAAUCGCAGCUUUGAAGCAAGAAAUGGAAAUAGCUAAAAAAUCGUAUGAACAUCACACCUUAGAAAUGGAAAAAAAGGCUACAGAAUCUCAACAAGAGCUUGAAGAGAAGUUGAAAGAGGCGACGAGCCUUUUGACAGAAUCAAGAAAUAGGAUAAAGGAACUUGAGACAUUUUGUCAAUCAAAAUCGGAGAAUUGGACCAAGAAGGAGCAUAUUUACCAAAUAUUUACAGAAUUCCAGCUAGGCGCACUUCGUGAACUAAGGUUUUCUUCUCAGUCAAUAAGGCAAGAAGUUGUAAAAACACAGAAGAGCUAUGCAGAGGGAUUCAAUCAACUAGGUGAAAAAGUUAGAGCACUAGGACAUGCAGCUGCUAACUACUCUGCAGUCCUUGCUGAGAAUCGCAAACUGCACAAUGAGGUGCAGGAGCUAAAAGGAAAUAUCAGAGUAUAUUGUCGGAUUAGGCCAUUCCUUCGUGGACAAAAGGAAAAACAAUCAGUUGUUGAAUACAUUGGAGAAAAUGGGGAGCUUAUUGUUGUAAAUCCUUCCAAACAAGGAAAGGAAGGCCGUAGGUCUUUCAAGUUUAAUAAGGUUUACAGUCCAGCUGCAACACAAGGUUUUCAGAUUCCUCCAUUUGAUUCUGAGGUCUAUACAGAUAUUCAGCCCUUGAUACAGUCCGUGCUUGAUGGAUAUAAUGUAUGUAUAUUUGCCUAUGGUCAGACUGGAUCAGGAAAAACAUACACCAUGACUGGCCCAGACAGAGCGACUGAGGAGAAUUUGGGUGUCAAUUAUCGCGCUUUAAAUGAUCUUUUCACAAUUUCUCAAAUGAGAGGGAGCACCUUCACAUAUGAAAUUACAGUUCAAAUGAUAGAAAUAUAUAACGAACAAGUUCGUGACUUAUUUUCAUUAACUGUUUUCCUUGAUUUGCACACACUUGGGAUAUUAUCCGCCUCCCAACCCAACGGUUUAGCUGUUCCUGAAGCGAGCAUGCAGCCAGUAAACAGGACCUCUGAUGUCUUAGAUUUGAUGGAUAUUGGAUUAAGAAAUCGAGCAAAAGGUUCCACUGCCCUGAAUGAAAGAAGCAGUCGAUCACACAGCGUUGUAACUAUUCAUGUUCGUGGGAUGGACAUAAAGAGUGGUUCAUCCAUGCGUAGUAGUCUUAAUUUGGUGGAUCUCGCUGGAAGUGAAAGAGUAGACCGCUCUGAGGUGACAGGAGAUAGACUGAAAGAGGCGCAACAUAUAAAUAAGUCAUUAUCUGCCCUAGGAGAUGUCAUUUCCGCUUUGGCACAAAAAAAUGCUCAUGUCCCUUACAGAAACAGCAAGCUGACUCAACUCCUUCAGACUUCAUUAGGUGGCCAAGCAAAAACACUUAUGUUUGUGCAGCUAAAUCCUGAAGUUGGUUCAUAUUCAGAAACCAUGAGCACGUUAAAGUUUGCUGAAAGAGUAUCUGGAGUAGAGCUAGGUGCUGCUCGGAGUAGUAAAGAGGGCAGGGAUGUAAGAGAUUUAAUGGAGCAGGUUGUGUCUCUUAAGGAUACGAUAUCUCAGAAAGAUGAGGAAAUUGAGAAACUGCAGCUGAUCAAAGAUAAAAAAAAUGUUCAUAUUGGAUCUGACAGCGAGACACAUGGUACUGAUUGAGAAACUGAUUGCAGUGCAGAAAGCAAUCUUUUCCAUGAAAUAGCCAAAAGAAAAAGGCAGAGAACACAGAUAAAUCAUAAACAAUCUAAAAUUCAUAGACGCCUACUAAACUCACCAAAGGAUUCCCUAAAAGUCUCAAGUUGGAUGCUGCUUGUCUUAAAGAUAUUUAGUGUGGUUAAAAGUUCCUUCAAAAUUGGAACACUCGGACCAUUUGGUCGGCCAAAACUUUCCAAAAGGUUGCAUGCAGUGAUAUGUAGUUGUUAGUGCUCGUCAUAUUUCAUUCUUUCUUGGUUAAAUUAAAGAGUCUGAUUUAGUGUGAA